GGACGCGGCGGCGGCGGCGCGCAAUCUGAGACAGGCGGGCGGAGGCUGCAUGGGGCGGCGGCGGCGGCGUCGCCGGGUGGACCCGGCGGACGCGGCCCGGGCCCUGCCCGAGGCCAUCGCCGCAUUGAGUCAGACUCUGCCCGCCGGACCCAGCCCCGAGACCUUCCGCCGCGCCAAGUUCGACCGUCCGGAGGCGGCCCCCGCGCUCUGGCGGCUGCUCUUCCGCGUGCUCUCGCCGCAGCUGGCCGACGGCGCCUCGGCCUCAUUCUCCCCGGAGGCCCAGGUCCGCUCUGUGAAGUUGGCGCUGCGCACCCAGGGUUACCCUAGGCGGGCCCUGGCACAGCUCCCGGACGACGGCUCCCAGGGCGGCCGCGAGCUGCUGCUGGCCCUGGCCUGGCUCCUGGCCCGCGGGCCCCUGCCCGAGCGGCUGCUGACCCAGAACCGCGUGCAGCUGGGAGACGAGAUGCCCGUGUGCGAGUGCGAGGCCCUGGCCAGCCCUGGCCCUCCUGCCCCCAGCGUGGAAGCAGACGGCUGUGUGGACAUCCGCCACCUGCAGUGGCUGAUGGGAAAGCUGCGGUUCCGGUGGCGAAACCUGAUGGCCAGUCAGCAGGAGCAGUGCGCCCUCCUGGGCAAGAUCCACUCAUAUACCCGUGGCUGCCACAGCGACCGCAGCCUUGGCCACCUGUCUGUCACCGAAACGGAGCUGCUCAGAGACCCGGAGGGUGGCCGUCAGCUGCUGCGGAGGCUGGAGAGGGAGAACGCGCGGCUGCAGGCGGCCCUCGAGUGGCGGCGCCGGGAGCUGGUCUUCUGGCGGUGGAUGGACACGGUCCUGGGCGCCUGCCCCCCUGAGGCCUCACAGCCCACGUUUCUGCCCAGGAUCCCCACACCAGGGACUGGAGCGUUGGAGCCCCUGGUGCGGGAGCUGCAGGCCCUGCAGGGAGAGCUGCGAGAGGCGGUGGAGGCCCGGCGGGCGGCCUGGGAGGCCGGGGUCGGAGGCCGUGGGCCCCAGUGGAGCGCCGCGAGGACGGCCUUGCGGGAGGCCGUGGGACAGGACCUGGCCGCUCUGCGGCAGGCCUGCGAGCGAGGCGGCGGCUGCAGCCUGGCCCAGCCCCACGGGCCCCACCGGCUGGUGAGGACUGAGGCUGGGGCGCCCGGGGGCCCAGGCCUGCGGGCCCCUGAAGUGAUUGAGGCGCUGAGGAGCCAGGAGGCCCGCCUGGAGGUGGUGCUGCGCCAGCUCCAGGGCCAGUGUCGGCAGGAGCUGGCCAGGCUGGUGGGAGCCCCGCCCGGCCCUGUCUGGAUCCUGCCACCUGGACGCUGACGUUCCCUGCUCCCGGGGGCACCUCCCUCAGCCUGGCUGGGCCUUGGAGGGGCAGAUUCCAGGCCAGGUAACUGCAGGGGUGACACGGACACAGCCCCGGUGGUGCAGGCACACUGGGCCCUGGGCCCCGGGUCCCCACUUUGGGCAGUACCCAGCCCCGCGGCCUGCAGUGCUGGGGGCAGGCCCAUUGUGGUGGCCGUGGGCAUUCAGGAUCUGGAGAAGACCCGGAAAUAAAUUGUGGAGGCCUCCUUGCAGGGCUGAGGCUCCAGCUGUCCCUCUGCCACCCUUCCGGGUCUCUGUCUGGGGAGGGGAUGCUCCCCUCAGGUCCAGGGCGAGGGGUCCCUGGGCGGUGGUGGCUGAGGCUGGUCUGGUCUAGGGCUGCCCAGGUGCUGGACGGACAGGCAUGGCCUGCAGCACAGGGUGGGCGUGAGGGCCCCGGGGAUGCAGGGUCCUGGAUGUACCCUUGGAGCACCCUCAUCCUGGGCUCCCUUUGUACACCCCACCUGGGCCACGCCUAUGCCUGGUGUGCGUGUGCGUGUGCGUGUGUGUGUCUGUGUUGGGCAGGGACGCCUGAUGGGAACCUUGGGUAGUGGGGGGACUCUGCUCCGUUUCUGGGGGUGGUGCCCGGGGGGGGAGGGGGAGGCCACUGUGGACAGAGGGGGCUUUGUUCCCGAGACUGCUCGGGGAGCUGGGCUCCGCCCUGACAAAGAGCCAUCUGUGUCGGGAGGAUGCGCCCCCAGCUGCCAGGACAGGCUCCUCUCCUUCCCAGGAGGCUUGGCUUGGCACCUGCCCCGCCUCCCUUCCACCAGUGGACAUGGCCUCAGCCCGGCCCCCCCUCUCCCCCAGGGCGCUCCACCCGGACCUGGUGCCGCCAGCUUAGGCCCCAGGGCCCAGCCACAACGCCUUCUCACUGGUCUUUGCUGUCCGCUUGGGGAGUGCUGGCUCACGCCCAGGGGCACUGGCCCCUCUGGGCCAUUCUGGGCCUCCUUCGUCCCGGGUUGGGGCACACCUGUGGCGCCUCUGCACUGGCCUCGGGAGCACUGACCAGACCGGGGUCGAGCCGGCGCCCCUUCUGGAGUGCCCCCUGACCCUCUCCUCACAGGCUGGCCCCAGAGAGCCUCUGGCCCGAGCCCCUCCCUCCAAGGCCUGGCCCCCCUCUCCUAGCCCCUCUUAUGGGCUCCCUGCUUGCUCCAGUCGGGUCCAGGGCACACGGGACUCAGGCCCCCGCCUGCGGCCCUCGAGUGUUUAAAGGCCCUUCUGGACCCCUGCUGCCAUCCUCCUGACUGCCCCACGGGGCAGGUCCACUGAGGAGUCCCUGAAGCCGGGAUGGCCACUGGCCCUCGGGAAUUGACGUUUGCAAACUCUGUGUCACGGAGCUGUCACUUCUCAGACUGAUCUGUAGAUUCAGUACAAUUCAAUCAAAACCACAA